UACGGUUUUUUUAAGAGUAGCGCGCUGUUCAAAACACAGAGAAGAAACGCGGGGAGAAGAAGCAGCAACGCAAACAUUAUACCGACAUUUAUUGCUUUCUCUAUUGCGACAUAAACGUUUUCGAUCGGCUAAUCUUACACUGGGUGUGUGUGUAGGUGAGGUUUGUGAAGAUGAAGCCCAUGACCACGAGGAAGAGGGAGCUCGCCUCCCUGGACUCUGACAGCAGUCACCCGGCCGAGACUGCUGUGAGGCCGGAUGUGUCCCCGAUGAAGAGGAGAUCCACCAGGAAGACCCCUCAGUCUCCGACCAAGAACAGGCCAGUCAGGCAUCUGCCAAAGGCCGACUGUCCUUCUCCACGGAAAUCCCCACAAAAAGCACCAGGAUCUCCUGCCAAAUCACCUCGUAAAUCUCCAUUCAAGCCUUCCAUGAUUCCGAGCUCCUUCUAUGGCCAGAACCAGCACCUCUAUCUCACUCCACUGGAGAGGAAGGCGAUAAAAGACUUGCCUUCGCUUCAUCUUCCUUCCUCUCCUUCCCAGGAGAAAAAGCAAUCGCCGAAGAAGAGAAUUGUUAAAGGAGGCGGCAAGCAGAAAAAAGUGGUGUUAGGAUCUAGUAAUGCUGGGAUUUACCAAAAGGCGUUUACCAAAAGCUACGAGACUUCUCCAAGGAAGAUCAAACUUCCCACACUCGGCAGCAGGUUUGUUUCCAAGUCAAAGUCCACUAACACCUGCUGCAGCUUUCUGACACCUUCUGCA